UCCGUAAAUAGCCGAAUGACCAAUCUGUCAGCUGAUGAAGGGCUCCGGUCGUCGUUUAAAAAAUCGAAUGUCUUUUUUUUAGGGCAGAGAAAACAUACAACCGCCUUAGCUUGAUAAAACGUGACAGAAAUCAUGCCGUCGCUUUUAUUUUGUGGUCCAAAACUGGCUGCUUGUGGAAUUGUGCUGAGCAUCUGGGGAGUUGUUAUGCUGGUGAUGCUGGGGAUCUUCUUCAGUGCGCACUCCGCCGUGCUGAUCGAGGACGUGCCCUUCACAGAGGAGGACAUACACAAUGAUAAAAACCCACCACAGACGAUCUACGGACUGUACAACCAGGUCGGCUACAACUGCUUCCUCGCGGCCGCCAUCUACGUGGUGGUGGGGGGCGUGUCUCUCUGCCAAGUCCGGCUCAACAAACGCAACGAGUACAUGGUGCACUAGCGCCCCCUGCAGGAGGGAAAGCACUGCCUCGCCACGAACGGGAGAAGCAGAGAUUCAUCCCCUUUUUAGGCGGAGCACAGACCAUUCCGAUUUUUAUAGAUAACUGCUUGAUAACAAAUUAAUUUACGACAUGACAAAGUAGCCCCUUACCAUUCCCAAGAGAUGUAGAGUAAUAGUGUGUAUAUUUGUGUCCGUGCCCAAAAUGUACAAGAUUAAAAAUGUUUCCCCUCUUGAACCACAUCCUUGCUGUAAAUGUUUGCAUGUCCAAGGUUAUUUUACACAUGAACUAGUAUGCAAUGCAGAAAAUAAAUAUAUAUAUAUUUAAGUAUUAGAAUAAUAUUGUAUAUAAUAUUAAUAUAGUCGUAUCAUACAAUAAUAUUGUAGUCAUGAACAGCUUGAAGUAUUUUAAAUAUCCAUCCGGGAGGAUGUGUGCUUUGUUUGUUUUACAUGUGUCCCCGGUGGAAAUUAGGCUGUCCAGGCAAGACGGCUCUGCCUGUUCAGGUGUGGGAGUGUGAGAGUGAGUUCUGUUUGCACCCAUAAUAAUCCAGUAAGAACAAUGUAUUCCACUGUUUGUUCCUUAAUCCAGGUGUGUAUAAUUCUGAAAGGGCCUGCCCAGCUAGACUGGAGGUGUGCGUUUAAAGUAUUUAUUGUGCAGUGGUGUGGUUCCACAGACGGCAGUGGUUGUCCGUGAGCGUGGCGUCAGUUUGUUGAUGUUUUUGGGCCCAGCUGUGACGUGUUCCGCAGUAAACUCUGGAUGUCAUGGAAA